AUGGAUUCGUGUCUGUCGGCAUCAAAUCGUGGGAGCGGCUUUCACAUCGAAACUGCCGGCAAACGUUUCCAUUUUGGACUCCAUCGCCUUUUUCCAAAUGGUCACCAUGGUAUCAUUCUAACCGAAGCUGCUUCUUCAAUACGUAUUGAGAAGUCCGCCUCCAGUUCAAAUGGAGCGAGUGGCAUUCGAUUCGAGACGUGGAAGGGAUCACGGAAAAAGCUAAGUGCUGAGAUCACAAACGUCAACGUGACCGGCCACUAUUACGGAGCAGCGAUGAGUCGCUGCCUAAUAGAGGACAAUUUCAACCACGGUAUCAUCUUUGAGGGUGCUACCAUAAACAGUACGAUUUCAAUUUUAAACUCGAAUUUCACUCAAAACAGAGGAUCUACCUUCUUCGUCUCGUUGCUACGUGACAGUGCCGUUCUCAUCCGAGGAAAUGCCUUCACAGCGAACCAUCUCAAUGAUUUCGGUGACCAUGAAGCUGUCAUCAAACUUGCCAAUUUUGUGGAAACCACAGGUUUGUUAUUGCGUUGUGACAAGGUAAAAUGUUAA